CACUUAAAAUUGAGCACCGUAACUCCGUAACACAAAAGUCACACCUUACUACUCGCCCAUCACACGCUCUCUCUCCUUUGCCGAAGACUAACCGCGAGAGUGAGAGUGGAAAGCGCAAUAAUUACAAAGUGUUGCCUAAUCCCAUUUUAACAGCACUCUAAUAAUAUAAUUACAGACAAUAUCAUACGCCCUAAUCUUGUUUUGCAGAAAACAUUUGCCAGUCAGACAUCAGAAAGAAGCAGAACAUUCUCUUCUUCUUCCCACCCUCCAUCCCAAAUCAAAAAAAUCGGAUCUUUUUUAAUUUCUCUUUCUUUUGGGUCAAAAACAAAUCAACCCUCUACUUUACCAGUCCAACAGACAUAGUUCAUCUUCUCUGUACUCCGUAUUGCCACAGGAAUGCUGUUCCAUGGGAUACUUGUGUGAUUGACUUUUAGAGGAUUAGUAGCUGGAGCUGGUGGCAUCGGUGAUGGAGCUCCUUUUAGCUGUUCUGGCCUUCAUUUGUUUGCUUCCUUGCAGUUUGGCCGAUUUUCAAGGCGAGGCGCUUUUUGCAGUGAAGCAAUCAUUGCAUGCUUCAGACAAUCAGUUGCGUGAUUGGAACCCCAAUAUGGUUAAUCCUUGCACUUGGUCAAAUGUUAUGUGUGACCCUAGUAACAAUGUUAUUUCUGUGACAUUGUCUUCCAUGGGAUUAUCUGGAUCAUUGUCACCUAAAGUCGGCACUCUGAAGACUCUUUCAACUCUGUCUCUGCAAGGGAAUGCUAUUACUGGCAAAAUUCCUAAGGAACUUGGAAAUCUGUCAAGUCUAACAAGCCUGGAUUUAGAGAAUAAUCAUUUGACUGGUGAAAUACCAUCCUCCCUCGGUAAUCUUAAAAAUCUUAAAUAUUUGACUUUGAGCUAUAACAACCUCUCUGGGACUAUCCCUGACUCGCUGGCUUCCCUUGAUAACUUAAUUAGCCUCCAGCUCUCGUCAAAUCAACUCACUGGCCCAAUUCCUCAGAAGCUCUUUCUAAUAUCUCAAUACAAUUUCUCAGGGAAUCAAUUGAGCUGUGGUAGAGAUCUUCGCCAUCCUUGUGUAGCUGAAGCUAAUAGUGGAGGUUCUUCAAAUAAAACAAAAGUUGGAGUUAUAGUUGGAGUAGUUGUAGGGCUAAUUGGUAUAAUACUGGUUGGCUGUGUGCUGUUUUUCAUAUGCAAGAGCAGAAUUACAAGAUACAGGCGUGAAAUCUAUGUUGAUGUUGCAGGUGAAGUUGAUCGUACAAUUGCAUUUGGGCAGCUGAAACGAUUCGCUUAUAGGGAGCUGCAGAUAGCAACAGACAAUUUCUGUGAGAAAAAUGUUCUCGGUCAAGGAGGUUUUGGCAAGGUUUACAAAGGUGUGCUAGGAGACAACACAAAGGUUGCAGUGAAACGAUUAACCGACUAUGAGAGCCCUGGAGGAGAUGCAGCUUUUCAGCGUGAAGUUGAGAUGAUAAGUGUUGCUGUACAUAGGAAUCUAUUACGUUUAAUAGGGUUCUGCACUACACCAACAGAGAGACUAUUGGUGUAUCCAUUCAUGCAAAACCUGAGUGUAGCUUAUCGUUUGCGGGAGUUGAAACCUGGAGAGUCUAUUGUAGAUUGGCCUACGCGAAAACGAAUAGCUUUGGGCACUGCACGUGGACUAGAGUAUCUGCAUGAACACUGCAACCCUAAGAUCAUCCAUCGUGACGUAAAGGCUGCUAAUGUAUUGCUAGAUGAAGACUUUGAAGCAGUAGUGGGUGAUUUUGGUUUAGCAAAACUGGUAGAUGUUAGGAAAACUAAUGUGACCACUCAGGUGCGUGGGACAAUGGGUCACAUAGCACCUGAGUACUUGUCCACUGGGAAGUCCUCUGAGAGGACAGAUGUCUUUGGUUAUGGAAUUAUGCUACUAGAGCUUGUGACAGGUCAACGGGCCAUCGAUUUUUCACGAUUGGAAGAAGAAGAUGACGUCUUAUUGCUUGAUCAUGUUAAGAAGUUGCAGAGAGAAAAAAGAUUAGAUGCAAUUGUUGAUAAAAAUCUGAAUAAGACAUAUGACAUUCAAGAAGUGGAGAUGAUGAUCCAAGUUGCAUUGUUAUGUACUCAAGCUUCACCAGAAGAACGCCCAGCAAUGUCUGAGGUGGUGCGAAUGCUUGAAGGAGAGGGGCUUGCUGCAAGAUGGGAGGAAUGGCAGACUGUGGAAGUCACUCGCAGGCAAGAACAUGAAAGAAUGCAUAGAAGAUUCGACUGGGGUGAUGAUUCUAUUCAUAAUCAGGAUGCUAUUGAGUUGUCCGGUGGAAGAUAGGGCUAAUGAUGAAGGUAGUUCUGGGUCCCUAUUUUAGAAUAAUUAAAAAUGCUUGCUUUGUCUUAACCUCCUUAAUAGAAGUAGUUUAGCCUGCUCUAUAGAUUUUCUUCCUUGCCUUGUUGAAAGAAAUUAUGUGCAGAUUUUGGAAUUGUUACAUUGGCAUUCCUGAUUUAUAUUCUACUGUGUGUAUAUAGCCAAAAUAGCAACUCUUCUUCUUAGUAGCGUGUGAGAUUCUCAGAGAAAACCUUGAGUGAUGUAAGCUUUCAUAAUUCCAAAGCAACUGUUAGAAGGCUCUCUUGGGCAAUACAAUUAUUGAAUGGUUUCAGCUUUUGUUUAUGCUUCA